CUGUCUAUCUUCCAGCUUGCACAAUCCUCUCUCUCUCUCUAUCCAUCUCUCUUAUAAUUCUUGUUGGAUUGUAUAGAGAGAAGCCAUAGCUAGCUAGCAUCAAAGCUCAAAGCAACCCACCAAGAUAAUAACAUGGGGAGAGCUCCUUGCUGUGACAAAGCAAACGUCAAGAAAGGACCAUGGUCGCCUGAAGAAGAUGCCAAGCUCAAGUCGUAUAUAGAGCAGCAAGGCACUGGUGGCAACUGGAUCGCUUUACCCCAAAAGAUCGGCCUCAAGAGAUGCGGCAAGAGCUGCCGCCUCAGAUGGUUGAACUAUCUCCGCCCAAAUAUCAAGCAUGGAGGAUUUUCAGAAGAGGAAGAUAACAUAAUCUGCAGCCUCUAUAUUAGCAUCGGAAGCAGGUGGUCUAUUAUUGCAGCACAAUUACCAGGAAGAACCGACAAUGAUAUAAAGAACUACUGGAACACAAGGCUGAAGAAGAAGCUUCUAGGAAAGCAGAGAAAAGAACAGCAGGCUCGUAGAGAUAGCAGCCUAAAGCAGGAGAUGAAGAGAGGAGGAGCUGGGAAUUAUUCUGUGGUUCCCGGUAACAACAACAACAACAACCAAAACCCUUACUGGCCGGAGCUGCCUGUGCUGGCACCCAUCCCAUAUUCAAACCAAGAACCUCGUUUUAAUGAUCAUGCUUCUUUCAGAAAAUUGCUCAUCAAGCUCGGAGGGAAAUUUUCUGAUGCUGGUGAUGAUCUGCCAACCCAUCAAUUCGGAAAUGGUGUUUCCGCCGCCACCGCUCAACAAAUAUAUCAGUCGGUCAACGUGCCCUCUUCUUCUGGCAUUCAAUUUGCGCAAGCCCAUGAGUCGUCGUAUGCGGAUGCCGGGGUAGAAUUAAACAUGCUACAAGGGCAAAGCAGUACUUUUCCAGUAGUAGAGCUUGGGGAAAUCGUAUACAACAAUAAUCCGCAAGGAUUAGAUGGGCUAGAGUUCUUAUGUGGAGAUCACGAGAUGGUGUAUAAUAGAAUUGGUGCUACUUCUGGUGAAAGUAGCAAUAUUGUCUGGGGCGGCGAGAUGAGCAGCUCUCCGGUGUAUCCUCCUCUAGCCUCCAACUAUGUAGGAAUGCAACAAGAAUGUGAUUUCCAAGAGUUGAGGUACCCACAAGCAAAUUUAUAACUUGCUGUUGUACAUUAAGCAUAAAUUUGUAACAAUAGGGAAAGUAGUGUAAGAUUCUCAGAGAAAACCCUAAUAAACUCAGUUGUCAUAUGUUGUAGCUUUUAUCAUGCUUUCUCUAGCUAUACUUGUCUCUACUAUUUUCUGCGCGAUAAUGGGGAUUCAGUCCUCUCUUUGCACUGUAUUUUUCACUCUAAAUUUCUGAGGUUACUAUAUAUA